UAACUAACCCUUCAUCACCCUCAUUUUCCUUCAUCAUCUUUCUUCCUCCAUCACUUUCCAAGUUUUUCAUUCAAAAUCGUCUUUGUUCGGAGUUAACCUGAGAAGAUCCACUUCACAAAUCACAAGCCUUUCUUUCUGGCCCUCCAGGGACCCAAAGAAAGAGAGGAACCAGGCACUACUCACACAUACAUAGAUAUACAUCAUACAAACAAAAACACCGAUGAAGGAAAAGUGUUAUAACUUAAACCUGCGCUUUCACAAAAGGGAGUUGAAGAAUGGGGAGAGGAAAGAUUGAAAUCAAAAGGAUCGAGAACACCACAAAUCGGCAGGUAACGUUCUGCAAGAGAAGAAACGGGCUUCUGAAGAAAGCUUAUGAGUUAUCAGUGCUGUGCGAUGCAGAAGUGGCUCUCAUUGUCUUCUCCAGCCGUGGCAGACUCUAUGAGUAUUCAAACAACAACAUAAGAUCAACAAUUGAGAGAUACAAAAAGGCAUGUUCAGAUCAUUCUAGUACCAGCACUACCACUGAAAUCAAUGCUCAGUAUUAUCAACAAGAAUCUGCAAAGCUGAGACAGCAAAUACAGAUGCUGCAAAAUUCAAACAGGCACUUGAUGGGUGAUGCUUUAAGCACACUGACCGUGAAGGAACUUAAGCAGUUGGAGAAUAGACUUGAAAGAGGAAUCACUAGAAUCAGAUCUAAGAAACAUGAGAUGCUACUGGCAGAAAUUGAAUACUUCCAGAAAAGGGAGAUUGAACUGGAAAAUGAGAAUCUUUGUCUUCGGACAAAGAUAACUGACGUUGAGAGGAUUCAGCAAGUAAACAUGGUUUCUGGGCCAGAGCUGAAUGCGAUUCAGGCAUUGGCUUCUCGUAACUUCUUCAAUCCAAACAUGAUGGAGGGUGGAUCUGUUUACCCUCAGUCAGAUAAGAAGAUUCUUCAUCUUGGGUGACGAAUAUGUAAUAUUAGCCAACUACGUAUCCAAUUAGCCAGCGGCUAAAUCCAUUAUUACUACUCUUUCGAUUGCUCAUUAGACCAAGUCAUCUCUUACGUCGUUCAAUUCUCUUUUUCAAUAUAUAUAUAUAUGCAUCAUGGAUACUUAUAUUAUUAUUAUUAUAUAUAUAUAUGUAUUGAUGAUUCCAUGAUAUGAUAUAACAAUCUAUGUUGCUAGAAAAUAAUUAAAAAAUAGUUGUGUAUGAAGACAUUAAGCUAU